AUGGCUGCCAUUGCUGCAUUGUUGAGCUCACUUCUCAUUUUUUUGGCCUCUCCACUAGGAAAUGCACUGAGUUCGAACUACUACGACAAGACAUGCCCAGAUGUUGAGUCAACCGUCACAAAUGCUGUCAGGCAGGCAGUGAUGGCGGACAAAAAAGUCGCUGCUGCGCUGCUCCGAAUGCAUUUCCAUGACUGCUUCAUAAGGGGCUGUGAUGCUUCUGUCUUGUUGAAUUCGGUAAACAAAAACACUGCAGAAAAAGACGGGCCAGCAAAUGGUUCUUUGCAUGCAUUUUUUGUCAUUGACAACGCAAAGAAAGCAUUAGAAGCAUUGUGCCCUGGAGUGGUCUCCUGUGCUGAUAUUUUGGCUCUAGCUGCAAGGGAUGCAGUUGUGCUAGUAGGAGGUCCAACUUGGGAAGUUCCCAAAGGAAGAAAAGAUGGAAGAAUAUCAAGAGCUAGUGAAACCAGUCAGUUGCCAUCUCCAACCUUCAACAUCUCUCAACUAAAACAAAGCUUCUCUCAAAGAGGUCUAUCCCUGGAUGACCUAGUGGCUCUUUCAGGAGGGCAUACUCUCGGAUUUUCCCACUGUUCAUCCUUCCAGAGCAGGAUUCGCAACUUCAAUGCCACACAUGACAUCGACCCUACGAUGCAUCCAUCCCUUGCAGCGAGCUUAAGGAGUGUUUGUCCAAAGAAGAAUAAUGUCAAGAAUGCUGGAGCCACCAUGGACCCUUCUCCAACAACUUUUGACAACACUUACUACAAGCUAAUUCUCCAGGGGAGAAGCCUGUUUUCCUCUGAUGAAGCUUUGCUCACUUUUCCAAAGACCAAAAAUUUGGUUUCUAAGUUUGCAACCUCAAAAGAAACUUUCUCAAAGGCAUUUGUUAACUCUAUCAUCAAGAUGAGCAGCAUUACUGGUGGACAAGAGAUCAGGAAGGACUGCAGGGUGGUAAAUUAAGGGGCACACAACUCCAUUUAAAGCUUAGUCGGUUAUAAGCUAUGUUAGCUGGACAAUCCAUCAAAUGGGUUGUUCUUCUUCUGCUAUGGUAAAAAUAAGUGUGGGAACGUCUGUUUUGAUUUCAGAUCAGCAAAGUUGAUAAUUAUCUUGUUGCAACAGAAUUGAAAUAUUACAAUAUACAAUAGUUCUAGUUUUUUGCUUUUAAA